GAGACGAGGUGUCAUCAGCCACUUCAACUCUUGCAACCCUCAAUAACAACUUGCUUAUGAGAAAAAUAAAACGAGAUAUCGAGGAGACUGAGAAGAAAAUGGUGAAUUUAAACCUCGAAGAAGCUGGCAAAGCCCACAAGCAGUUUGAUGCGAAAUACAAAGAGGCCAAAGCCGCAGAGGAAGAAGCAACUAGACAGUCUCAGCAUCUUCAAGGAGAACUAACUAGCCUACGAGCCCAACUAAAAGGGCUUGAGGCUGACGGGCGCGAGUAUAGGGAUGCAGCGAAGAAGUACACUGAUCAGUUGGUAAAGACUAAGAUGGCAGAAAUGAUUAAUAGUGACUUGGAGACUUACGCAAAAGCACUGGAUAGUCACGUGUUGCCACAGAUAUUGAUGGCAUUAAGAUCAUAUCAGAAGGAGAAGGAGCUACAGGCAAGCGGAAUUAUAACUAUAGAUGCAGCUCAGGUCGUCAUGGUCAAGGAUCAAGUUGAGAUGGAUAUGAGAGGGCGAUGUUCAGCCGGCCAGAAGAUGCUUGCUUCUAUCAUAAUUCGUCUCGCUUUGUCAGACAGCUUUGGAGCGAAUUGUGGGAUCCUGGCACUGGAUGAACCGACUAAUGCGCUCGACAUUGACAAUAUUGAAGCACUCGCGCAGAGUCUUGUAGAUAUUAUUCGCGAACGUCGGGCUCAAGCAAACUUCCAGCUAAUUAUCAUCACUCACGAUGAGAACUUCUUGCGCAAACUCGGAGAAGCUGCUGUGAUCGACCAUUACUG